AUGAAAGGGGGAAAGAUGUGGGGCCACAAGCCCAAGGGAAAGAUCUGAGGAGCUGUCUGGGAAACAAAGAGGAGGUGAAUUAUCCACCGCCACCUCUGCCUCCAGCCAUCUGCCCUCCGGACCACCAUGGUUCCAUGCCAGUAGUGUGCUACCCAUCCAAGGAAUCAAUCCUGAGCCCACGGCCUCCCGAACGCUCCGCUGUGAUGCGCCGCACCACCGUCUUGGCCCUCUUCUCUGUGGUCUUGGUUUACCUGGUGACGGGGGCCUUUGUCUUCCGCCAGCUGGAACAGCCCUAUGAGCGCCACCAAAAGGUGAAGGUCCAAGCCCACCUGGAGCACUUCUUGAGGCUGCACCAAUGCGUUGCUGCUGAAGAACUGGAAGACCUCAUCCAGCAAGUAAGCGAGGCUAUGGGAGCUGGAGUGGACCCUGUCAUCAACAGUACAAAUGUUAACAGCUCACACUGGGAUAUGGGCAGCGCGUUUUUCUUCGCUGGCACAGUUAUCACCACAAUCGGAUUUGGGAAUAUCUCCCCCAAGACUGAGGCCGGCCGGCUCUUCUGUAUCUUCUACGCUCUUGUGGGAAUUCCUCUUUUUGGGAUGCUGCUUGCAGGAGUUGGCGACCAUUUGGGAUCCUCUCUCCGGAAAGCCAUUGGCAAAGUGGAAGACAUUUUUUUGAAGUGGCAGGUCAGCGCUACCGUCGUGAGGGUCCUCUCGGCCCUUCUCUUCAUACUCUUUGGCUGCCUCCUCUUCGUCUCUUUGCCGACCAUCAUCUUCCAGCGAGUGGAAGGCUGGACCCUCCUGGAGAGCGUCUACUUCGUGGUCAUCACACUGACCACCAUUGGGUUUGGUGACUACGUAGCAGGUGACACAAAAAGUGAUGAACACAUAUGGUACCAACCUCUGGUGGUGGUCUGGAUUUUACUCGGCUUGGCGUAUUUUGCCUCUAUCCUCACCAUGAUUGGCAACUGGCUGCGAGUGUUAUCCCGGCGCACAAGAGCGGAGAUGGGAGAUUUGACCGCACAUGCCGCCUCCUGGACAGGCAAUGUGGCAUCCCAGCUGCGUGUACCAAACAUGGCGUUUCCAGAAAAGCUGCACAGAGUGGGCACCUUGAAAGGGAAGCCACUGUCACCUUCGGCCCUCAUGCAGCAGGGGGAAAGCCAGGAGCCGGUGAUGUUACCGCCAGAAGAACAGUUGCCAUCACCACCUCCAGCUUUGCCACCACCACCACUGCCUCCACUGCCAUGCCCAAGCCCAUCUCCCGGGACCACACAGCGUGUGGCACAGCUGAAUGCCCGCAAUGCCACCCCACUACGGCCUAUAGACUACUCAGGUGAAAACCUGGCAUUCAUCGAUGAGAGUUCAGAUGCACUGAGCGACGGGGGACCACCUUCAGUGAGGCCACCCCGUCGCAUGCGUCCUCGGGCUCGGCACCGUGCCAACAUUGGCGAACCACCAGGACUGCCCAUGAUUCUCUUGAGCCGGACCCGAGACAAAGGCGAGUCCGUUUGA